AGAAUCCUGAGCCCAUCAGAAAAUGGAGACUGGCAAACUUCAUACAGCCGUCCAAGAAGAACUCAAAUUCUCCCGCCAUGAACGGCACCAGUCCUGCCAAACUGACGUCACCGGCCUCUGUGAUGUCUGCCUCGCCAUCUGUCUCUGCGCAAGGUCAGCGCGACGACAGCUUAGGGGAUCUUAAGUCGCCGGAGGGGAGCAACGCGGGCCGGCCCCGUACCCUCAAAGACAUUGGCCCUUGUGAUACGAUGUCGUUUGAGGUCAAUAAAACCGUGAAUGAUGAUGUCGACGAUGAUGAUGAUGACUGUGGCUUCGGUGUUGGUGACGAGAAAGACGGGGAUAGUGAUGGGAAUAAUGAUAUGGAAGUGUUUGUCGAGAAGCCUUCAGCUGUGCAGAAAAAAGAUGUGGAAUCUUCCUUUCCGUCGAAGUCGUCUGUGUCUAGUGUGGCAAAGGAUUCCUCCAGCAGGAAGAGCACUUCUAGUAUUUCAGGGAAUGUGGACAGUAAGAAACCGUCUGUGAAAGACUCGAAACACAAGCCCAGUGUGUUGUCGGUGAAGAGAGAGAGAGACUCUCAAUCUAAGGAAGUAUCGCGAAAGAACUCUGAGGCAAAGCGGAAACGCUCCAGCUCUCACCCAGAGAAGGGCAAAUCCCCGCCGGACAAGCGAUCUCCAGAGCUGAGCUCUGAGGGCGAAAUUGACGUGGUCAGUCUCACGCCUGACGAAAAGAUCCGGCAGGUGCAGGCCAGCCCUCGCAAGAGCUCAUCCAGCAAGAACCAGCAGGAGGCUGCAAAGCCUCUCUUCAACGGGAACCUCUCUGACAGUGGAGAUGAGGGCUCGGCGAACGAAGCAGAACAGGACUCCAAGACGCCCACCACUCAGCGAGGCAAAAACGUGCCUCCGCUUUCCAAGAAGCAUAGUGCUUCUUUUGAAGCAGAAGCACGAAGAAAAAAGACCUCUCCAAACUCCAGUGGACCCCCACCCCCUUCCACUUCCUGUUCUAGCAAAGGUGCUGCGGCCGCCCCCAGCCCCUCCACUACCACCACUACCACCUCCUCCUCCUCCUCCUCCUCCUCCUCCACCAAAGUUGCCAAAAAGCUGGGGAGUAAUGUUGACCUCGAGUCCAUCUCGCGGCCGCCCAACCUGCUGUCGCCCCUCCACUCGGCCUGCUCCCCGCCCCCGGGCGCCUCCACAAAACCGCUCCCUUCAUUCCAGACCUCCUUCUCUCCAGCGCCCCACCCGUCAGCCUCCACGCCCGCUCCCCCGCCUUCUUCCACCUCGGCCGAGGUGCCUCCGAUCGUCACCCUCCUGCAUCAGGAGGACGGCUCAAGCAGGCCCCGGAUUCUCACACGGAUUAUGCACCAACACCUCUCUAAGAAGCUCCUGGACAGAAUGAAGGAGAAGAGGGACAAGCGAAGGCUGGGUGGCUCCUCCUCGUCUUCCCGCAACGCCGUGUCGUCAGACCCAGAGUCUCAAAAGGUUGUUGCUGAAGACGUCAAACCUAGCGAGCACAAAGAGGGCCGCGUGCCGCCCAUCUCUGCAGUCAGAUCUCCUCCUCUCGGUUCCAGUAGCAUUAAAAACAAUGAAGGCUCCUCGCCUUUACGGACGUUUACCUCAUCGUCGUCCUCCUCAUCCGCACCCUCCUCAUCUUCUCAUUCCACCUCAUCCAGCGGGCCGCGCUCAGGCAAGCGGAAAGCUCAGGAGCCAGUGGAACCCCACACGGGCUCGUCCGCUGGUGCCCCGUCAUCCUCAUCCUCAUCAGCGCCCGCCUCUUCCUCAUCUUCAUCGUCCUCACACGCACACUCGAAGUCACACAAAAUGGCCAAGUCCAAUUCCUCAGCGCACGCCUCCAGCAAAGACGCUUCACUCCAGCCACCAUCGUCUCACUCCAGCAGCGCCGCUGCCUCCUCGUCGUCCACGUCAACCACCACGACAUCAUCCUCGUUGUCGUCGUCGACGUCGUCGGGCGACCGCGAGGCCACACCCUCUAGUCUUCCUUUCCAGGCCAAAUCAGGCAACAAGUCGGCGUCCGGAGCGGCGAGAAGCCUGCAGGACUUUAACCCCGAGCCCGCUCCCGCCGGCCCGGCCGGUGCAGCAGCGACCAAACGUGCCAUGAGCAAAGCAGACUCCAGCAACGCCAAGAGGCGGGCCGAGCAGGACGAAGACUCCUCCGCUCCAACCUCCGCGGCCAAACGGAGCAAAUCUGGGACUUCCAU